AUGGGUAGGAGAGAAGAUCCAGGUUGGAAGCUAGGCACUAUAGGGCUCUCAGCUGCAAGAGAACGCGGUGAUAUAGCGCGGAAGUUCCAGAAUCGACUGACUGUAACUCGCAGCUUAAUAGACAGACUUGGUCUAGAAAAAGAGCUCCAUGGGCAUAUGGGAUGCGUAAAUUGCCUGGAAUGGAGCAAAGAUGGAUCAGUGCUCGCUUCGGCUUCUGACGAUCUUCAUGUAAUAUUAUGGGAUCCGUUUCGGUAUAAGCAACUCCAUAAUAUUACAACAGGACACACAGGAAACAUUUUUUCAGUUAAGUUCCUCUCACCAGAUAUAGUAGCCACCUGUGCUGCAGAUGGAUCAGUUCGUGCUCGGAAUGUAUGUGGUGGUACUUCUUUGCUGGAAUGUGCCUGUCACAGUGGCAGAGUAAAAAGACUUGCUGUAGCUCCUGAUAAGCCUCACCUUUUGUGGUCUGCUGGUGAAGAUGGCCUUGUAUUACAACACGAUCUUCGUAUGCCUCAUCGCUGCAACUCGGACUGUGCCAAUGUGUUGGUGAACCUGCUGAACCACAUGGGCCGUUACGCUGAAGCCAAAUGCGUGGCGGUCAACCCUCGCCGCUCUUACCAGUUGGCGGUCGGUGCUAACGACUUCUACGUGCGCUUAUACGAUACUAGAAUGAUCAAGCUGGGUAGACUGCAGGACUUUCAAAUGAACGCACCAAUGUCGCGUCUUAUGUGGGAGCGACAAAACGUACGGUGUUCCCGCGCCGGUCACGGCGACCCUGAUAAUAAUAUUCCUCGUGCGGCUGUCCAAUAUUAUGCCCCUGGACAUUUAUCCAUGGAGCCCCAUGAGCCAACGUUCCCCAAGAAAGCUGUUACUUAUGUUGCAUUUAGUCAUGAUGGAAAUGAGUUGCUAGUAAAUCUAGGCUCAGAACAGGUAUACUUAUAUGACAUUAAUUCGGCACGACGACCAGUCUUAGUUGAAAGUUUUAUUAUUCAACACAACCAUGGCUACCGAGAGGGUGAAAAAAAGAACGAAAACCGAAACGGUACCAAUAACGGUACAGUUCCAGUGGAAGGUAGCAAUGGUACCGUGGAUCAGCAGUUACCAGAGAAAGUUAGGCAGAUGAAGGAAGCGGCCAACGAACUAGUGAAUAAAAGCAACUACUCGGGUGCAGUAGAGCUGUACAAUUUAGCGAUAGCCGAAUGUCCCAACUGCGCCAUAUUAUAUUCUAACCGGGCCGCUGCGCUGAUGAGGAGGGGAUGGUCCGGUGACACGUACGCAGCGAUCAGAGAUUGCUACAAAGCGAUCAAACUCGAUUCCAACCACGUCAAAUCUCAUUUCCGCCUCGCCAAAGGUCUGAUGGACUUGAAGAGAGCCCGCGAAGCUCACGAGUGUCUUCUGUACUUUAAGGAUAAGUUCCCUAAGCACGCGACUAGUCACGCCGUGUUCCUACUGCAAAAAGACAUAGGAGAGGCCCUGGAGUCCAUGGAGACUCAACCGGAUGAAGCGACAGAGGAAGAAGGUCAGAACGGCAGCGCUCUCGAGCGGCAAUUGCGGAGUUCCGCCUUGGACUACAGCUGCCGCUUCUUGGGGCAUUGCAACACGACUACGGACAUCAAGGAGGCGAAUUUCCUCGGGCCCGAUGCUAACUUCUUAGCGGCCGGCUCAGAUGACGGCAGUAUGUUCAUCUGGUCUCGCAAUUCUGGCAACAUCGCGCGCUGCCUGCGAGCCGACGAAUCUAUCCUGAACUGCGUACAGCUGCACCCCUCCAUGUUCCUGCUGGCGACGAGCGGCAUUGAAGCCGUCGUCAGACUCUGGAGCCCAGCCCCAGAGGAUGGUAGCACGGAAAGCCGCCUCGUCGACGGGCCGUCUGCCGCCGUCGCCAAUCAGAAGCGGAUGCACAGCGAUCCCUUCGAAGCCAUGCUGCUGAACAUAUCGUUCGCAGGCGGACCCGAGAGGGACUUGCAGUCGCCCGUCUGUCGCGCCACGUAG